CGUUUUGGUUCGUCCUUACUAUUUUCUAUGUGAAGCAGAAAUAUUUUAUUUAUUAAAUUUAUUUCUACUAUUAUUCCUUACAAAUUACUGAAACUGAGGACGUUUUAACAAAGUGCGCCACUAAGAAUAAGUUCACAAUUGAAUGAGUGUCAAAUACUCACAUAAAAGUUUGUGUGUCUGUAAAGGACUUAGUUGAGCGCCAUGAACGUCAUCAUUUUGGUUUUGUGCAUCGUGAUUUGGUUUUGGAACGCGAUUGUUCCUUGCCGCUGCACUUUGUCGGAAAUACCGAAUUGUGCCUUUGAAGAUACCGUUAACCUAACCUCCAGCAAAAAAUUUAACAACGGCUCCUACCUCUAUGAGGGCGUAUUGGUGCCUCCUGCAUUGACCGGCCACUACGAUUAUGUUGAGCUGUACGAAGGAGAGCGCCAACAGGUGACGAAACAUAUUCGGGGUUGUGUUUGUCAUCUCAAGCAAUGCGUCAAAUUUUGCUGCCAUCCAAGGGCGGAAAUGUAUCGCAUUGGAAAUACUUCUUCAAUAGAUUGCGAUAGCGCGCCAAGUAAAGACUUCAAUUACUUGCCAUAUGUAAAUAUUACUAUGCCGGACAGCAGCCAAGUCUUGACGAAUGUGCUGGAUGAAUUUUUGCUGCAGCAAGGGCUUCCAUGCAAUCAAGGGUAUAUGCUUGUGCCGCAUGUAAACGAAAAGCACAAAUGGAAAUUGUUUAAGAAUGGUACUCUAUUACGUACGUUGCAUCAGACAUUCCUUUCGAGACGGGAUUAUUGCCUUUAUGCCUAUGAGGUAAAUGGUCGAUAUGAACUGCAUCCACUGAACUGCUUCACUGAUCGCAAGGAGCCCCCAACACUCAUGGCAAACACUAUCGGUUUGUUUAUUUUACGCACUGUGACGUCAGUUGUCAAAUUUGCCAAAAAUAAAGUAGCAGUUUUCGGUUUUCGGUUUUCGUCACCUGCUGCAUUCUCUACAUCUUUGAGCGCCAUGAACGUCAUCAUUUUGGUUUUGUGCAUCGUGAUUUGGUUUUGGAACGCGAUUGUUCCCUGCCGCUGCACUUUGUCGGAAAUACCGAAUUGUGCCUUUGAAGAUACCGUUAACCUAACCUCCAGCAAAAAAUUUAACAACGGCUCCUACCUCUAUGAGGGCGUAUUGGUGCCUCCUGCAUUGACCGGCCACUACGAUUAUGUUGAGCUGUACGAAGGAGAGCGCCAACAGGUGACGAAACAUAUUCGGGGUUGUGUUUGUCAUCUCAAGCAAUGCGUCAAAUUUUGCUGCCAUCCAAGGGCGGAAAUGUAUCGCAUUGAAAAUACUACUUCAAUAGAUUGCGAUAGCGCGCCAAGUAAAGACUUCAAUUACUUGCCAUAUGUAAAUAUUACUAUGCCGGACAGCAGCCAAGUCUUGACGAAUGUGCUGGAUGAAUUUUUGCUGCAGCAAGGGCUUCCAUGCAAUGAUGGGUAUAUGCUUGUGCCGCAUGUAAACGAAAUGCACAAAUGGAAAUUGUUUAAGAAUGGUACUCUAUUACGUACGUUGUAUCAGACGUUCCUUUCGAGACGGGAUUAUUGCCUUUAUGCCUAUGAGGUAAAUGGUCGAUAUGAACUGCAUCCACUGAACUGCUUGACUCAUCACAAGGAGCCCCCAACACUCAUGGCAAACACUAUCGUAAUGCUGAUUUCUGCCCCCUUCUUAUUUGCAACAAUUUUGGUUUACUGGUGUUUGCCGGAGCUGCGCAACACCCACGGCAAGUGCUUCAUGUGCUACCUGUUCUCUUUGGCCAUCGGCACGACAAUGAUAGUUGCGGUGAACCUGCGAACAUCAGAUUAUGAUAAUGUUACCUGCGAGAUCAUAGGUUAUGUCGCCUAUCUCUUCUUCAUUGCCGCUUUCUUCUGGCUCAACGUCAUUUGCUACGAUAUUUGGCGCAAGACUUCUAACGUUCACAAUUUGAUGUCACAAAAAAUGUCUUACUUCUACUUAUUCUACGGGUGGGGAGUGCCAUCGCUUAUGGCUACCGUGACCAUUGCGUUGCAGCAUUCCAAUUUACCAGAUGAACUGAAGUCGGGCAUAGGAAAAUCACAUUGCUGGUUGAAAGACGAUGACUGGUCUGCCAUGAUUUACUUCUAUGGACCCGGUUUAUUGCUAAUUAUUUUCAACAUUGUCAUAUUCUACCUGACUGUUAGAAAGAUCUACAGCGUCCGGAAGGAUCUGCAGGUGUUUACAUCUGGUGAAGAGAGCGCCCAAAAUCUACGUUCGCAAAAAACUAGUGCGUGGCUAUUCUUUCGUUUGUCCAUCAUUAUGGGUGUCAGCUGGAUAUUGGAAAUCAUCGGCUAUCUUUUUGGAAAUACAAGCAAUAUUAUUUUGGCAAUAGCAGAUAUUUUCAACGCAUCGCAAGGACUAAUUAUAUUCUUACUGUUUGUUGUGAAGAAGAAUCCGGCAUUACUAAAAGUGUUAAUAGAAGGUGCGGUAAACAGUGCACUCCUCGAACAAGAGAGGAGACUAAAAGACGAGUUCCGAGCGGAACUUGAAACAGUUAGAGGUCAGGUUAAUGCGUUAAAAAUAGAGACCCCACAAGUUGAAACAUACCAGAGAGUAACAAUUGACCCUAGUGUGGGAUGUGAGGUGAAGUUAGACAUUGUAAAAUCAGUGCCUAACUUCAAUGGAAAUCAUGAGGAAUACGUGUCGUGGCGACAGGCGGCUAUAGACGCAUAUGAGAUUUUCAAAAGGUACGUAGGCAGCGAGGCGCAUUACGAGGCUGUGGCCAUUUUAAAAAACAAAGUAACUGGUCCAGCUCGUGCCAUCCUUACGUCGCACAGUACAGUGCUUAAUUUUGACGCCAUUAUCGCUAGGUUCGACUGCUCGUACGCAGACAAAACAUCCUUGCGCGUACUUAGGCAGCACCAGAACUGGUUAGGCAGGGUGACCUAA